CAUCUGCGUCUGCGUUUGCAUCUGCGUUUGCAUCUGCGUUUGCCCCAGGUCUGCUCCUUCCAGCGCCUGCUCCUUUCAGCACCAGCCACAGCCCUUCCCCAAAGACCCUCAUCCACAAUGGCUGCCAAGGCGUUUAUGGCCUCGCUGAUGUACCCAGACGAGCUCCACGCCCUCAUCAAGUGGAAGCUCUCCGAGUCCAAGACCUCGGAGAUGUUUGCGGACCGCUCCAAGGUCCCGCCAGAGUCGGAUCCCCAGCACAACUAUGCCCUCUGCUACUACUACCUCAACAUGUGCUCCCGCUCGUUCGCCCGAGUCAUCCAGGAGCUGGACGACGAGCUUCGCCACCCCGUCUGCAUCUUCUAUCUGGUGCUGCGCGGGCUCGACACCAUCGAGGACGACAUGACCCUUGAUGUGAAGAAAAAGUGCGAUAUCCUGCGCCGCUUCGAUCAGAUCAUCCACCAGCGCGGAUGGAACUUUCAAGAGUCUGGCCCGAACGAGGCCGACGCUCCCCUGGUCAAGGAGUUUGAGGUCGUCAUCGAGGAGUUCCUGAGUCUCAAGGAGCCCUAUCAAAAGGUCAUUGCCGAUAUUGCCAAGCGCAUGGGCUGCGGAUUUGCCGACUUUUGUGAAGGAAAGAAGGUCGUCACGAUCGAAGACUACAACCUGUACACUCACUAUGCCGCCGGCCUCGUCGGCCUCGGUCUCACCGGCCUGUUUGCGGCCUCGGGACUCGAGGACCCCAAUCUGGACCAGUUCCCGGACCUGGCCAACGAAAUGGGUCUGUUCCUCCAGAAGGUCAAUAUCAUCAAGGACUUUUACGAGGAUCUGCAGGACGGUCGUCGAUUCUGGCCCAAGGAGAUCUGGGAGCAGUACGUCCCCGAGGGCGAGGACAUGGCCGUCCUGGCCCUUCCCGACAACCGCGAGCGUGCCCUGGCUUGCCUGAACCACAUGUGCGCCGACGCCCUCAAGCUGGUGCCCAGCUGCCUGGAGUACAUGUCCAAGCUGCGCAACCCCUCGGUGAUCCGAUUCUGCGCCAUCCCCCAGCUCAUGGCCAUCGCCACCAUCUCGCUCUUCUUCAACAACCGCAUCAUCUUUGAGCGAGCCGGCCUCAAGAUCCGCCGUGGCCUUACUGUCAAGCUCAUUUUCCAGUCCAACACCUUCGACAGCAUCAAGGGUGUGUACGAGCAGUACGCCUACGAGCUCGGCGACAAGAACCAUGCUGCCUGCAACUCCAAGAACCCGUUCGACAAGUCCUUCAUCCCCAUCGGCACCUCCCUUGCCAACAUUGUCAAGUGGAUCCAGAUCAACGAUGCCAAGCUGGGCGUCAAGCGCACACGCCAGGGCCAGUUUGACUACAUCACCAACAUCGGCCUCAUCCUGGCCAUCAUCACGCUGACCAUUGGAUUCUGGCUGCAGUACACCGAGGCGGCCUCCCGGACCAUCAAGGAGCUUUGAUCGCCACCAGCUGGCCGCUGCCUGGGUUGCUUUCCUCACUCGGACGUGCGCCGCCAAUCGUGCGAGAGACUUGAUGCUUCUGCGUGACGGCGCCUUGACCGGAGGUCAUGAGCAGCCCAGUAACAUCCCCCCCCCGAGUCGGGUCUGAAUAACUACCCAAAUGCUGCUUUGCGUCCAAA